AACACUACCACUUUAGUCCACAGGGACCGCCAGAAACAACACAAAGUUAAAGUUCCUUGUAGUAACUUUAAGAGUAGAACUGCUUUUUUCUGUAACAGCAUCCUGAAGCAAUCAGGGAUCUUAACUCCUCCUCAUCAGUUCAGUCUAUGAACUCAACUUAAACUGUGUCCUUUAGUGGGUCUCUGAAUGCAUCAAACACUUGUGUUUUGUAUCUGUAUUGUUUGUCACAUUUUGUCUUCCCCGAGCAAACACCAAGACAAAUUCCACAAAUGAUUGAAUCGUAAACUAAAAGAAACACUUUUCUGGAAUUUCCUGUGAAGAUGUUUGCUGAACAUGUGCACUUAUGAGAACUGUUUCUGUCAGUGUCGACCAGCAGAGAACAGACUCUGAACCCAGCUGUGUGUCCACGAACAGUGACCGGUCCAGUACUGUCCCUCGGGGGUUCCUUCAUGGACAUCAGUCCGAUAAACAAGGGCUUCAGCUUCAGAGAUCAAAUGUUCCCAGUAGUCGGCAUUUCCAGAAGCCUCAAGCAAACUUGGAUUCAGUGUUUAAGCUGCUCGAAGAAAACAUUGUCACUUUUGUGAAGAAUGAGUUAAGGAAGUUCCAAAAGGUUCUGAGUCCAGAUUACCCAGAAUGCCAUGAUAAUGAGGUGUUGGACGGUGAGGAGGAAGAGCAAAAGAGGAACAGCAGGGAGGCAAUUCUGAAGAUCACACUAAACUUCCUGAGGACAAUGAAGCAGGAGGAGCUGGCUGACUGUCUGCAGAGCAGAGCUGGUGCUGUACUGUGCAAAAGUAAAGUCAAAUCUAACCUGAAGAAGAAGUUCCAGAGUGUGUUUGAGGGAAUCGCUAAAGCAGGAAACCCAACCCUUCUGAAUGAGAUCUACACAGAGCUCUACAUCACAGAGGGAGGGACUGCAGAGGUCAAUGAUGAACAUGAGGUCAGACAGAUUGAAACAGCAUCCAGCAAACCAGACAGACCAGAAAAAACCAUCAGACAAGAAGACAUCUUUAAAGCCUCACCUGGAGGAGAGGAACCAAUCAGAACAGUGAUGACAAAGGGAGUGGCUGGCAUUGGGAAAACAGUCUUAACACAGAAGUUCACUCUGGACUGGGCUGAAGGCAAAGCCAACCAGGACAUACAGUUCAUCUUUCCAUUCACCUUCAGAGAGCUGAAUGUGCUGAAAGAGAAAAAGUACAGCUUGGUGGAACUUGUUCAUCACUUCUUCAGUGAAACCAAAGAAGCAGGAAUCUGCAGCUUUGAAGAGUUCCUGGUUCUGUUCAUCUUUGACGGUCUGGAUGAGUUUCGACUUCCUCUGGACUUCAACAACACUGAGAUCCUGACUGAUGUUACAGAGUCCACCUCAGUGGAUGUGCUGCUGACAAACCUCAUCAGGGGGAAACUGCUUCCCUCUGCUCGCCUCUGGAUAACCACACGACCUGCAGCAGCCAAUCAGAUCCCUCCUGAGUGUGUUGACAUGGUGACAGAGGUAAGAGGGUUCACUGACCCACAGAAGGAAGAGUACUUCAGCAAGAGAUUCAGUGAUGAGGAGCAGGCCAGCAGGAUCAUCUCCCACAUCAAGACCUCACGAAGCAUCCACAUCAUGUGCCACAUCCCAGUCUUCUGCUGGAUCACUGCUGGAGUUCUGGAGAAGGUGUUGAAGACCAGAGAGGGAGGAGAGCUGCCCAAGACCCUGACUGAGAUGUACAUCCACUUCCUGGUGGUUCAGUCCAAACUGAAUAAGGUCAAGUAUGAUGGAGGAGCUGAGACAGAUUCACACUGGAGUAAAGAGAGCAGGGAGAUGACUCAGUCUCUGGGAAAACUGGCUUUUGAUCAGCUCCAGAAAGGCAACCUGAUCUUCUAUGAAUCCGACCUGACAGAGUGUGGCAUCGAUAUCACAGCAGCCUCGGUGUACUCAGGAGUGUUCACACAGAUCUUUAGGGAGGAGAGUGGACUGUACCAGGACAAGGUGUUCUGCUUCGUCCAUCUGACUGUUCAGGAGUUUCUGGCUGCUCUUCAUGUCCAUCUGACAUUCAUCAACUCUGGUGUCAACCUGAUGGCAAAAAAACAACCAAGAACCCAUUGGCCUAAAGUGUUGAGAGCAAAACCUAAGCUAACAGAUCUCUACCAGAGUUCUGUGGACAAGGCCUUACAGAGUCCAAAUGGACACCUGGACUUGUUCCUCCGCUUCCUCCUGGGUCUUUCACUGGAGACCAAUCAGAAACUCCUACGAGGUCUGCUGACACAGACAGGAAGUAGCUCACAGACCAAUCAGGACACAGUCCAGUACAUCAAGAAGAAGAUCAGUGAGAAUGUGUCUCCAGAGAAAAGCAUCAAUCUGUUCCACUGUCUGAAUGAACUGAAUGAUGGAUCUCUAGUGGAGGAGAUCCAACAGUCCCUGAGUUCAGGACGUCUCUCCAGAGAUAAACUGUCUCCUGCUCAGUGGUCAGCUCUGGUCUUCAUCUUACUGUCAUCACAAAAAGAUCUGGACGUGUUUGACCUGAAAAAAUACUCUGAUUCAGAGGAGGCUCUUCUGAGGCUGCUGCCAGUGGUCAAAGCCUCCAACAAAGCUCUGCUGAGUGGUUGUAACCUCUCACAGAGAAGCUGUGGAGCUCUGUCCUCAGUCCUCAGCUCCGAGUCCUCUAGUCUGAAAGAGCUGGACCUGAGUAACAACAACCUGCAGGACUCAGGAGUGAAGCUGCUCUCUGCUGGACUGGCGAGUCCGAACUGUACACUUGAAACUCUCAGUCUGUCACUCUGUAAGAUCACAGAGGAAGGCUGUUCUUCUCUGGACUCAGCUCUGAAGUCAAACCCCUCCCAUCUGAGAGAACUGGACCUGAGCUUCAACAACCUGAAGGAUUCAGAUGUGAAGCUGCUGUCUGAUCUUGUGAAGAGUCCACAUUGUAGACUGGAGACUCUGAGAUGGAAAUGAUCUCUCUCAGCUGAGUCCUGAUGAUCCAGAGAGCAUCUGGAGACAGACUGCUCCACCACCUCCACCUGGAUUUUAUUUAGUGUACCAAACACCAGAAGACUUUUAAAAGACUAAAGUCUGACACCCUCUCACAUAUGAAGACAUUGGGCCUCAUAUCACAACAGAUUUACUCUUAUUUAGGGCUCGAGGACCUUUUGAAAUUCUACUGAUUAUAUUUGUUCGGGUUCAUAUUUGUUGUCUGCCGCUUCAGCUCAAACUCCCGUGAGCUGGAAUGAGGUAGAAAAAUGAAACUUGGAACAAUAACUGGAAAUGAUGUUCAUGUGCUUCUCAAGAUAUAGAACUCAGAUCGGCCACAUGGUGGCGCUGUAAUUAAUGUCACAAAAUGCGAUUUUUGAAAAACCACGCCCCUCACACCAGAAGUCAUUGACUGUAAAUUUGAUUUGUUUCAUGAUAAUGUUUGUCUUGUAUUGUGAAAACGCUCAAUAGGGGCACCACCAGUCGUAAUGUUGUGCAUGGUGCUUUUCAGCUAUUUUAAGUACGUAGUAAAGUUAAACAAUGUCACUAAAAUUCUGUUAAAAUAUGUUCACUAUACAGUGUAUAGUGAACGUAUUUUACCAUCAUUUUGAACAGAAUUCAGCUGUGUUCACAGAGUCACAGGGUUAAAGAACUCCUACUCACAAAAAGAGGUUUUAUUCUGAGCAGCUUGACUUGACUCUGUAAUGUCGGUGUAGCCCCGCCCACCUAUCAACUCGUAUAAAACCACUGCCUACUGACCAAUCAGAGCUCAGUACGUGGAUCGUUAGGAAAUAUUGAACCAACAAGAAGAAGUUAAGUCAUAAAAGUAACACAGUUCAAACUGCUGAAUGCAGAAAGAACAGCUGGCAAUAAAUCACAGACUGUGUGAAUGAUGAAAUGAACAGAUUCAUAACAUCACUGUCUCAUGUAGAGCCCAACAUCUACUACAUGUGUGUAUUCUGUUACAUUCAUGUGCUGCAGAUGUAUUCUGAUGACACGAAUGACAAUAUUUGAGUCUUAUUCUCUCAGUUGUAACCCCGGCGCUGUGAAACAGACUUGGCUUGUUUUCUUUAGUUCUAUUUCAGACUCAUAAAGUCUUGAUGCAUUUAAGUUUUAUUCUACUCAGUGAGUUACUAUUGGUUUCUCUCCUAUCAAUGAAUCUCUCAUGAUUUUACUUCUUUGAUUUCUAUUAUUACUGAGUGGUCAUUUAAUGAUGAUAAUGUUUAAGUGACUUUCAGUCAUUUAUCGAUGUGAUAUCCGACAUGCUCUGUGAAGCAUAAUUGGUUGAGAUGAUUUAAUGAGAUAAUCUUGGUUUGACAUACUUUGCUCUGAUCUUUGUCAGUCAGCAAAGGAAACAGGAUGUGAGGUCAGAUGCUGUAACCAUGCUAACUGUUUAGGAGACACCCUGACUGAUGUUCCACCAGGAAGACCAGACAGGAACCUUAGAAAUAAGUGCUAACUUAAAGAAGUCUGUCAUGAACUGUAAGACUACGUAAACAGCUUCAUCCAAUGAUUUACUAAUGUUUAGUAGUCGACCAUAUAUGGACCAGGAGGUUAACGAUGCUCCAAGUAAAAAGGUAGAAA